GGUGGAAUAGUGCCCCAUCAUUGGUGUCAGUGGGGGUGGGGGGGGGAAUAGUGCCCCAUCAUUGGUGUCAGUGGGGGGGGGGAGGAAUAGUGCCCCAUCGUUGGUGUCAGUGGGAGGAAUAGUGCCCCAUCAUUGGUAUCAGUGACACCAAUGAUGGGGAACUAUUCCUCCCACUGAAACUUGCUGACCCUGUUCUCGUAUGGUGCUGCUGCAGCCAGCAUAUGUGGUUGCAGCAGCACCUCUACACAGAACACUUACCUGCUGCUCCGGCACUCAAUUUUCGCGGGGGUCGCUCGGCUCCGCCCCCUCGCCGGUGAUUGGCCGCCUGUGUGCCUUUCCUGAGCUACAGUUCUGGCGGCCAAUCACCGGUGAGGAGGCGGAGCCGAGCAGCCGCACGAACAUCCAGUGGCCGAACUGAAGGAGACGCCGCG